AAUAGUGACUUAGUAUAUUUAGGUUAUUAGACACGUUUGUAAAUUUAUCGUUAUAAUUUUAGAAAAAAAGAUUAUAAAAUGUCUUUGAGUAUUAAAACAGAAAUAAAAAUUGAUGUGGAACCUUGCGUAGUGGCUUGGAGUAAUAAAUUGUUUGUAGGUGCGGAUAAUGGCACAGUUUUAAGUUUUGAUGCUAAUCUCACACCCGGUGCGUCAUGGACGGCUCACGAAGUACAGUUGUUUGCGUUAGCGGCAAAUGAAGACAAAGUGUAUUCGAGUUCUAAUGAUGGAGGGCUAAAAGUUUGGACUUCUGAUGGUGCUAAAACAAUGGAGUUUCCAGCAUCUGAGGGAGAUAUUGGAUCAAUAUGUGUGAAUGGCAAACACGUGUAUGCUGGUGAUGAAUUAGGGAACAUAUAUGUUUUUGAAGAAAACGCCUUUAAAGCCAAAUAUAACGUACUAGAGGAAGUAAAGGACAUAGCGAUAAGUCCACCAUAUAUGUUCACUGCACGAGACCUUUACGUAACUGUAACAGAAAUUAAACCUGACGAAUCCAAAGAACGUUUUAUAACGCAGCAUGUCAUGGAAGGACGCGCUCCUUUAAGGAUAGACGGGUCACACCUAGUGGUCACGGGUCGAGGCGGCAAUAACAUUCAACUGCACAAUGUCUCGCUCGACACCAAAUUCAAAAAGUUGCACGAAGUGAAGGUCAGUGACAUGAUAUUGACCAGCUUGUCAGUGAGCAAUGGAUUCGCAUGGACAGGUGGGUGGGAUGGUUGCGUGAGGCGAUGGAAAAUCUCAGAAGAUAAAUUGGCACCAGCUGGAGAUAUAAAUUUAGGUGCUUGUGUUAACGCUCUGGUCGCACCUGCAGGAGACAAUGCCUACGCGCUUUUAACAGGCGGGCGAAUUGUUAAUAUAAAAGCAGCAUAAAAUGUCAAUACAUUUAAUGAUUAU